UGGUAGAACGCUUUUAGGUGACGUCAUGACGCUGCAACCCAGCCAACAUGGCUGACAGCAUCCCGUUAAAUCCGGUUCGGAAAAGCUCCAGGAGAACCGCGAACUACAGCUCAGCCAGGCUUUCCAGAUUUUCUCUAGAAGAUGAGCCGUCCAACCUGGACGAGAUGCCCCUGAUGAUGUCUGAGGAAGGCUUCGAGAACGACGAGAGCGACUACCAGACAUUGCCGCGCGCCAGGCGGGGCCAGCAGCGCCGGGGCCUGGGCUGGUUCCUGCUGGGGGGCUGGGAGGUCUUCUGCACCAGCUGCUGCGACUGCCUGGCUCAUGUCUGUCGGAGGAAGAAGGAGAUGAAGGCCCGAACCGUUUGGCUCGGCCGGCCGGAGAAAUGCGAAGAAAAGUUCCCAAAGAACGGCAUCAAGAACCAGAAGUACAACGUCCUGACCUUCGUCCCUGGGGUUCUCUACCAGCAGUUCAAGUUCUUCCUCAACCUGUACUUCCUGGUGGUGGCGUGCUCCCAGUUCGUCCCGGCGCUGAAGAUCGGAUACCUGUACACGUACUGGGCCCCUCUGGGUUUCGUGUUGGCCGUGACGAUGGUGCGGGAAGCCGUGGACGAAGUGCGGCGCUAUCAGCGAGACAAAGAGAUGAACUCUCAACUCUACAGCAAGCUGACAGUCAGAGGUAAAGUCCAAGUGAAAAGUUCAGAUAUACAAGUUGGAGACCUGAUAAUCGUUGAAAAGAACCAGAGGAUUCCUGCAGACAUGAUUUUCCUGAGGACGUCGGAGAAAACGGGAGCGUGUUUCAUCCGGACGGAGCAGCUGGAUGGAGAGACGGACUGGAAGCUGAAGGUGGCAGUGAGCUGCACUCAGCGCCUGGCAGCGGUCGGGGACCUGUUCUCCAUCAGUGCCUUCGUCUACGCCCAGAAACCGCAGCUGGACAUCCACACCUUCGAGGGGAACUUCACCCGGGAAGACGUGGAACCGCAGAUCCACGAGAGCCUGAGCAUCGACAACACGCUGUGGGCGAGCGCCGUGGUCGCAUCAGGAACGGUGAUCGGAGUGGUGAUCUACACGGGAAAGGAGACUCGGAGCGUCCUCAACACAUCCCACGCCAAGAACAAGGUGGGCCUUCUGGACCUGGAGCUGAACCGCCUCACCAAAGCCUUGUUCCUGGCCCAGCUGGUUCUGUCCGUCGUCAUGGUGGCGCUGCAGGGCUUCGUGGGCCCGUGGUUCCGGAACCUCUUCCGCUUCGUGGUCCUGUUCUCCUACAUCAUUCCCAUCAGCCUGCGGGUCAACCUGGACAUGGGGAAGUCGGCGUACGGAUGGAUGAUCACCAGAGACGAAAACAUUCCCGGCACCGUGGUCAGAACCAGCACCAUCCCUGAAGAACUGGGCCGGCUGGUCUACCUGCUGACAGACAAGACAGGAACCCUGACGCAGAACGAGAUGGUGUUCAAGCGGCUUCACCUGGGAACCGUCGCCUACGGCAACGACACCAUGGACGAGAUCCAGAGCCACAUCGUCCAGUCCUACGCUCAGGGUCCGGCUCAUUUGGCUGGAGGCGGCACCGGGAACGCUGCGAUGGCGCGGAGCAACCCGCCGCAGGGCCCCAAGGUCCGAAAGAGCGCGAGCAGCCGGAUCCACGAGGCGGUGAAGGCCGUCGCUCUGUGCCACAAUGUGACGCCGGUGUACGAGUCGCACGCCGCCGCCGCCGCCGCCGGGGAGACGGAGUCGGCGGAGGCCGACCAGGACUUCAGCGACGACAAUAGGACCUACCAGGCCUCCAGCCCAGACGAGGUGGCGCUGGUGCGCUGGACGGAGAGCGUGGGGCUGACCCUGGUCAACAGAGACCUGACGUCGCUGCAGCUGCGGACGCCGUCCGGACAGAUCCUGUCCUUCCUCAUCCUGCAGGUUUUCCCGUUCACGUCGGAGAGCAAGCGGAUGGGCAUCAUCGUUCGGGAGGAGGCCACCGGAGAAAUCACCUUCUACAUGAAGGGGGCAGACGUUGCCAUGGCGACCAUCGUCCAGUAUAACGACUGGCUGGAGGAGGAGUGUGGGAACAUGGCCAGAGAGGGCCUGAGGACCCUGGUGGUGGCCAAGAAGUGCCUGUCUGAGGAGCAGUAUCAGGACUUUGAGAGCCGCUACAGCCAGGCCAAGCUGAGCCUGCUGGACCGGGCGCUGAAGGUGGCGGCAGUGGUGGAGAGUUUGGAGAGGGAGAUGGAGCUGCUGUGCCUGACCGGCGUGGAGGACCAGCUGCAGGCCGACGUCCGGCCCACGCUGGAGCUGCUGAGGAACGCCGGCAUCAAGAUCUGGAUGCUGACCGGAGACAAAAUGGAGACGGCUACCUGCAUUGCCAAGAGCUCCCACCUAGUGUCCCGGACUCAGGACAUCCACGUCUUCAAGCCGGUGUGCAGCCGGGGGGAGGCGCACCUAGAGCUGAACGCCUUCAGGAGGAAGCACGACUGCGCGUUGGUGGUCUCCGGAGACUCCCUAGAGGUGUGUCUGCGCUACUAUGAGCAUGAGUUUGUGGAGCUGGCCUGCCAGUGCCCAGCUGUGGUCUGCUGCAGAUGCUCGCCCACACAGAAGGCCCAGAUCGUCCGGCUGCUGCAGCAGCACACAGCCAACAGAACCUGUGCCAUAGGAGACGGAGGGAACGAUGUGAGCAUGAUCCAGGCUGCAGACUGCGGCAUCGGGAUUGAAGGAAAAGAAGGGAAGCAGGCAUCGCUGGCCGCAGACUUCUCUGUCUCGCAGUUCCGACACAUCGGCCGCCUGCUGAUGGUCCACGGCAGGAACAGCUACAAGCGCUCGGCCGCGCUCGGACAAUUCGUCAUGCACCGAGGGAUGAUCAUCUCCACCAUGCAGGCCGUCUUCUCCUCCGUCUUCUUCUUCGCCUCGGUGCCGCUCUACCAGGGUUUCCUCAUGGUCGGGUACGCCACCAUCUACACCAUGUUUCCCGUUUUCUCGUUGGUUCUGGACCAGGACGUGAAGCCCGAGACGGCUCUGCUCUACCCAGAACUCUACAAAGAUCUGACCAAGGGUCGCUCCUUGUCCUUCAAAACCUUCCUGAUCUGGGUUCUGAUCAGCAUCUAUCAAGGUGGCAUCCUGAUGUACGGCGCCCUGGUUCUGUUCGAGUCUGAGUUCGUCCACGUGGUGGCCAUCUCGUUCACGGCGCUGGUUCUGACGGAGCUGCUGAUGGUGGCGCUGACCGUCCGGACCUGGCACUGGCUCAUGGUUCUGGCCGAGUUCUUCAGCCUGGGCUGCUACCUCGCCUCGCUCGCCUUCCUCAACGAGUACUUCGAACUUGGAGGACACCGGACCACGGGUUCUGUUUUCCAGCAGAGAUGGUCUGAGGAGGGAGUGAAAACUAAAACGAGCCGGUCCUGGUGUUCAGAACCAGAAACUUCCACUGGGUUCUGAUGUGACUCAGAUCUCGUCGGGUCAGUUGUGCUUUCUGGUUUCCAUCAGAGGAGAGCAUUUGGCUUCCAGAACCUCCGACCCGUCCCCCUUCGGGCCCGGAACCUCUGAGCCGCUUGGACUCUGAUUAGAACCGUCUGUGUGCGUCCGACCCGCUCUGGUGCUGAUUAGUGAUGAAUGUGAUGGUCCGAUGGCUUCAGCGAGUUCAGAACCUCUUUCAUCUCUGUCGCUGCAGGUCCAUUUGGGACAACCUGAAGUUCUGCAGGUCGGGUCCGACUCAUCAGACAUCUCGGUACCGCUCAGUUUGGCUUUUCUCCUGAAUCUGGGUCGGAUGAACAUGAAGUUCUGCAGGUAUCUGUCAUGGGUCACACGGGUCAUCUGCCUUUAUUUUCAUGCUUUUAACUUGAAAGGCAUUUUCCUUCAUCCUGUUGCGCGUCCAGUUUCUCCCUACAGUCGCCUGCUGAAGGACUGAAACUCCAUCUGAAGUUAGUUUGGGUUUCAGGGCCUGAACUGGAUUUUUACAAACUUUUAAAGGACUUUUAGUGGAAGUUUAUUUUUGUAUAAAUGUAUUUGUCUUUGCGUUAACAACACGGAUCUUUGGUUAGAGACAAAAGAUAAAUCGCUGAUCUUCGUGGCUGGGAUCAGCGUCCGCUUUAGUUUCUCCCUGUUGGGUUAAAAUCAGACAUGCUUUGGUUUAGUUGUUAACUAGUUAGUUGGGUUGA